CAGGGUGAUGUUUACUCCUCUCCACUUCGUCUCCACCACCACCGUCCCCCCCACGUGCGCCUGCGCAGCUGAUCAUCAGUCCACCGCAGCGCAGCGCGGGACUAGCAGCGUCCGCGCCACAGUGUAGUGUUGUGAACAGUGAAUACUCGCCUGCCAGCCACAAUGACCUCGCAGAUCAACGAGUGGUACCGCGGGCGGAAGGUCCUGGUGACUGGCGCGUCGGGCCUCAUGGGCAAGGUGCUCAUAGAGAAGAUGCUCUACUCCGUGCCAGACAUCGGCUGCAUAUACGCGCUGGUGCGGGGGAAACGGGGCAAGACUCCGGAGGCCAGGAUCGAGGAGAUGUGGAAACUGCCGCUGUUCCAGCGUCUCCGUGAAGAGAAGCCGCACAUGAUGAAGAAGCUCAUCCCUCUCCCCGGAGACAUCCUCAGCGAGGAGCUGGGCGUGGAGCCCGCGCUGCUGCGGCGGGUGUGCGACGAGGUGUCAGUGAUCUACCACUUCGCGGCCACACUGCGCCUCGAGGCUCCACUGAAGGACGGUCUCGAGAUGAACACAAACGGCACCAUCCGAGUCCUGGGUGUAGCCAAGCGGUGUAAGAACCUGGCCGCGUUCAUACACCUGUCCACGGCGUUCUGUUACCCGGAUUAUGAGCGCAUGGCUGAGCGGGUGCACGACCCCCCCGAAAACCCCCACGACGUUCUCCAAGCAGCGAGCUGGCUGUCCGAGCAGCAACUGACCCUCCUAGCGCCAUCUAUCAUGAAGAAGCACCCCAACUCGUACACCUACAGCAAGCGGCUGGCGGAGGCGCUGGUCAGAGAGGCGUAUCCGGAGCUGCCCGCGUGUGUGGUCCGCCCGAGCAUAGUGACUCCGUCCUUCAAAGAGCCGAUGCCGGGCUGGGUGGACAACCUCAACGGGCCCAUCGGCCUGAUGGUGGGCGCCGGGAAGGGUGUUAUACGUUCCAUGCACUGCUACGGACACUAUCAUGCUGAGGUCAUUCCCGUGGAUAUAGCUAUCAACGCGCUGAUUUGUAUCGGCUGGGAGAUCGGCACGCAGAAAGAAAGAUCCCCAGAGAUCCCAGUCUACAACCUGACAACAGGGGACGACAGGAACACGACCUGGAAGCAGGUGCUGGACAACGGGAAGGCCACCAUCAGGAAGUACCCCUUCGAGGGCCCCCUGUGGUACCCCGACGGGAACAUCCGGCAUAACAAGUACCUGCACGCGUUGGCUGUGUUCUUCUAUCACAUUGUGCCGGCGUAUCUGAUUGAUUUUCUGAUGCUGAUCUUUGGGCAGAAGCGAUUCAUGGUACGCAUCCAAAACCGGAUAUCCACCGGCCUAGAAGUCCUGCAAUACUUCACAACGCGCGAGUGGUGGUUCGACACGCACAACUUCAACGCACUGCCGUCCAAACUGAAUGCCGUGGACAAGGAGACCUUCCCUAUGGACCUGACCAUCAUUGAGGAUGAGCCGUAUAUAGAGAGCUGCAUGAUUGGAGGGAAAUUGUACUGUUUGAAGGAGAAAAUGGAGAAUCUGCCGAAGGCCAGGCUGCAGAAUAAUAUCCUCUUCGUGUUAGACCGUCUGGUGUCCUUAUUCUUCUACCUGUUCAUCAUAUCUCUGGUGGCGUCGUACUUCGAGCCAGCGCGAGUGUUACUCUCAUACGGAGGCCCGAUAGUGAGACAUCUACCCUUCGUCGGGAAAGCUGUAUUCGGUCAACAAUAAUGUACUGUUAUUGUUGCUAAGUAAUAACUGUAGCUUUACCACCGCUUUAAGAUGAGACGACGAUUUCGUGAUACUCUGUUAUUGUUAGGCCUCAUUUGGGCAUAAAAUGAUGGAGCGUAUUUUAUUUUUUGCCUAACCCUUUGGGUUUAUACUCAAAUGGGAGGAAAAUCUAUAGAAAAACGCGGCUCAAAGUUGCUCAUAUUGUGUUUAAAUUAACAGAUUUCAUUGAAAUUGGAAAUUAAGAAUAAUGGUAUUGUAUGAUAUUUUACUUGUAUAAUUUGUACCUAAGUUAGUAAUAAUUACUUUAGCUACUACAUUUAAGGUUGCCUCAGUUUAUUAUUGUGACUGAACUAAAUACAGAUUUGAAUGGAACAGGGACGGCGAUAGUUAAAGAAAACUAUUUUUUACAUUCUAAGGUUGUAAUUAUUAUAGUUUUUUUUCUGUCUUAAGAUUAAUAACAAUUGUUAACAUAACAUACGUCUGCGUAUAUUAUUGAGAAUAUAUCUAUAAAUAUGUUA